AUGAGUGGAAGAAAUCUACAGCAUUUUGCCACAAACUACAAACCAGAAGAUGCUGAACAACUGACACUGAGAAUGAAAAACGGUCUUGGCAGCUCCAAGUACAAACCAACUGAUUAUGAAAAACUGCAAGCCAUUUUUGAUGCCAAACGCCUGGAGGUGGAUCUGAUUGGACAGAAGGUUCAGAAGACUUGCUGUGCAGCCAAGGCAACCAAGGAGAGCUCCUUAUUACGGCAACACAGACAGGUGUGGAGCAGAGAACACCCCAGGCUGCAAAAGGCUGAAGAGCAAGCUGAGGAUGAAAUCCACCACUUUAUAAAUCACAUCAGACCUAUCAGUAUAACAGACACUCCGGUCUUCUCACUUCAAGAAUACGAGCUAUCUCUGAAGAUGGAACAAGAUGCAUUCAUGAACGCCACUGUUGAGCCAGUUUAUCAACUCAAAGAUGAUCUGCGCUUCAGAAUGAACAACGUACAACUCAAGGAACUUUCAUCAGACAGAGAACAAGUAUCACAACAGAUAAACUCUGUGAAAGAUCAGCAAGAUGACACACUUGCAAAGCUUCAUGCAGAGUGUUUGUUUGUGGAGAACGAGAUCUUGGACAUGGGUUUGGAGAAAUAUCUCGUUAGUGCUGCAGUGAACCCAGAAAGCAUUCCCAAAGAGGUUUUAGAGGCGGACUGCCCCUACCCAAAGCUGAAGGACUCUCUGGUCCAGGCCUUCCAGUCCCUCUCAGAGAGGUACCAGAACAGACUGCAGGCUCUGCAGGAGCAACUUCAGAAAAUUGACAGGUUUUGUGGCUGGUGUCCAGAAGACCAUGAACUUUUCCAGUUCACAGUGUCCAUGUACACUCCUGACACACCCAACCACAGAGCACUCUGCACGGACAUGCUGCGGAGACAGUUCCCCGAGAGGACGAGACAAGAGCUGAGGGAGCACGAACGCUUGUGGGACUUGCUGCGCUUCACCCAGGCACAGAUGAGGGCAGUGUCCCAAGGGUGGCACCGGGACCAGGGAGAGCUGCUGGCCAGAGCCCUCGUCAUGCUGGAGGAGGCAGAGCAUGCCCACCAGGAGGAGCUGAAGCACCACCGAGAGCGCCAACACCAGCAGGACAUCUGCUUACAGCUAAAAGAGAAACUGCAGCAGUGGAGGGCCCAGCAGGAGGAGGUGGCAAAGCUGGAGGAAGCUAUAGCAGCGAGACAACAAGAAGAAGGGGAGGAGAGGAUGAAGAGGGAGCAGGAGAAGGAGGCUGCCAUCAGGUCGCAGCAGAAAGAGAAAGUGAGGAGGUUUUAUUUAAGGCAGCAGAAGAGGAGGGAGGUGCUCGAGUGGAGGGAUCAGGAGAGACUUGCUGCUCUGAGGAGCGUCAUGGACAAGCAGGCGAGGCGAGACAGGGAGAGGGUGCAGUUUCGAGCAGAUAUGUUGCAGGAGCGAAAGGAGAGAGAAGCGCGGGAGCUCGAGCAGCAGAGGGAAGAACAAGAGAGGCAGAAUCGUCUAGUAGAAGCUCUCAGAAAGCAGGUUGAGGUGGUGGCAGAGGCCGACCCAGAGAGGAUGAUGGCAGAUACGGAGGCGUGGAGGAGCCGACUCAAGAAUGAGAAUGAGUUUGAGCUGCAGAGGCCUUUCUACAAUAUAAACACGUACACAGACACACAGAUUGUGUCCGAUCCAAGAGUGCGAGCUGAGCAGGCUCUGCGAGAGGCGGGUCUGCACCAAAACCAGUACGCUAAGCGGGUUCUGUCUGAUAUCAAGCCCCACAAACCACCUCGGAGAGACACGAAAUCCACACUAAAGUUUUAA